AUGUCAUCCGACCUAAUGUUAGACUUCGGAAAUCGUCAACCAUACCUUGCGAUGGAGAAUGAGGCAGACAUAAUUUCUAUCGACCAAGGAGGAGAGUGGGAUAUAAGCCUGUUUGAUGAGCUGGAGAAUCUGGGAGAUGCAGAUGAGCUGCUUGAGGCUUUCGAGGGAUUUGCCAACAGAGGUCCAGAUCUGGAUUUUGAUAUUGACAUCCCUUCGUGGAAUGAAAUUGACUCGAGCAGUACUUGCACAGAUGGUGAGGUGAGUGUGGAUUCUCUGUCACCUGCCCACACUCUGAGCUCUGCCCCUUCUCCCCUCUCCGUGGAAGCUUUGUCGCCAUAUGCCUCUCCAGACGAGGCUCUUUUCCCCAAGUCAUGCCCCCCUCCACUCUCAGUUUGCUUAGACUCCACUGGCUCUUCUGAAAUCUCCUUGCCACCUAGGAAAAUUGCAAAGCGGACCUCUCAUGUGACACGAGCUAAACCAGGGCAGACAACCAAGCGACCAAUUCAGACUGGUAAAAGGGUCUCCAUCCAACCCAAACCGCUGAUUACAACCAUACCCCUGGCUCCAGCAGCUGCAGCUCCCUUACAGGCCAAGACCAUUAUCAUCCAACCCGUGCAGACCACAGUGCUGCCUAUGGUCAGACCAGCUCCUGUCAACAUCCAGCCAGCGCCCCCUCUAGGCCAACCAAUAUUGUUGUCUCAGCCAAGCCAAAUACUGCAGAUCCAAACGCCACAGGGCACCUCUGGCAAUGUAGUUACAAUGCCAACAACGCCCAACAAGGAAAAGUCUCGCCCGGUGACUGCAUCUCCACUGGUCUCUGGCAUACUCAGGUCCCCUUCGUCAGACGAUGAUUUUUCACAGAGGCAGCAGCGAAUGAUAAAGAACCGAGAGUCGGCGUCUCUGUCUCGGAAAAAGAAGAAAGAGUAUUUACUCUCGCUUGAAGCUCGUCUCAAAGUGGCAUUGUUUGAGAACAAUGCACUGAAGUGUGAGAAUGGCACUCUUAAGAAGCAACUGGAAAGUUUGCUAAGCGAGAACACAGUACUUAAGGCAACAGCACCAAAGAAGAGAGCUGUGUGCCUCAUGGUGGUCCUGGUGUUCCUUGUGCUUAAUGUUGGACCAACAAGUCUUUUUCAGGGUGGCUCCAAGCUCAUUGUUACUCCCAUGCAACACGGUGGCAGACACCUCUUGGGUUUCUCUUCAGAGGUGGAAAAUGAGUUGACAAUACGUCCCCAGACCGGUGGAUGGCCCUCUGAAGAUAAAGCCUUGAUGGUAGUUAAAGAUCCCACCUUCCUCAGACCACCUCCCCCCUGCAAGCCUCUGGUUAACAGGACCAAGUGCAUUGAGUUGGCCCAUGAGUUGAGGGGUUGGAUCCAUCGUCAUGAAGUGCAGCACACCAAAUCGAGGCAUAUGAAUAACAGCAAUAACAAACCUGCCAGGACCAUUUUGAAAACAGAGAACAUGGAGAGUGAGAGUGCACAAAUUGUAACCGUCCAAUAUGCAGAAAAUACUGAGAAAAAGAAUCCAGGCAGUGAGCUACAAGUGUACUACGCACCUCAAGAUGUCUACAGUGACUUUUUUGAUGAGCUCAAUCGCCGCCCCGACACAUUCUACGUCGUGUCUUUCCGAAGGGAUCAUCUUCUACUUCCUGCCACCAAUCACAACAAAGGGAGUCGACCCAAGAUGUCAUUGGUGUUGCCAGCCAUGAACAUAAAUGACAAGAUUAUAAGGGACAAAGAGUUUGAGGUGAUGAUGCAGAUCGACUGUGAAGUUUCAGACACCAGGAUCCUACACAUCCGAUCCUCCAGCAUCCCACCAUUGUUGCGGGUCAACCACUCGGACACGUUUUACCAGCACUUCCCAACUGAGAACAAGUCUGCGACCCCCGUUGGCGAGCUGGUGGGUUCCUCAUAG